AUGACCUCGCGUCUAGUCCUGGUCAUCGGCGACCUUUUUAUCCCUGACAGAGCUCCAGUACGAUCUACCGGCAAAGGUAUCCAUAAUCCCGCCGCGUCGCAUCAUCUCCGGUUACCUCUUCACGGUGUCCCCUUGUUGACAUUGUCGCAGUUUCGGAAGCUCCUCACGCCAGGAAAAAUUGGCCAGAUCCUCUGCCUUGGCAAUUUGACUGAUCGCAAUACAUUCGAGUUUCUCCGCCAAGUUGCGCCGGACUUGCAACUGGUCAAAGGCGACUUUGAUGUCGAUUCUCCCAACCUGCCGCUCUCAAAAGUAGUAACCCAUGGAAGUCUUCGGAUCGGGUUCACCCAUGGCCACACAAUCAUCCCACCGGGCGAUGCGGAUGCGCUACUCAUUGCUGCUCGUCAGAUGGAUGUAGACAUACUAUUAUGGGGUGGCACUCAUCGCUUUGAAGCAUUUGAACUUGAGGGAAGAUUCUUCGUGAACCCGGGUAGUGCAACUGGGGCUCUCAGCACUGGAUAUUGGCCAGAAGGAGAGGACCCGACGCCGAGUUUUUGCUUGAUGGAUAUCCAAGGUGACGUUCUUGUGCUCUAUGUCUACCAGCUGAAGACAGAUGCCAGCGGAGUUGAAACUGUUGCUGUGGAGAAAGUUUCUUAUCGCAAGAGUAGCAUUCCAUCCUCAUGA